AUAAAAGUACAAAGGCUUAUAAUAAAAUUUGAUCAAAAUAAAAUUUAAAAAAGAUGUGAAGGGCAAAGCGGUAAUUACGAAAGAGUUGAUUAUUAUAUAUUCUUAUUUGAUCACGAGUUAGGUUAUCUAGCUGACUAAUUGAAAAAGAAAGACAAAUUUCAAAGAGAGAAUUUGAAUUCGUUAUGGAUAAGGAAUGCAGAAGCUGCAAUAUGGGAUUGGUGAUUGUGAUGGAGACGGAGAUGCAGAUGGUGGUUCAGAAACUCAACUUUCAGCAGGCUUCUGAUUUUACUUUCGAUCGAUUCAUGCCUUUUUUCCGCUUAUUUUGUCUCCCCAAAUAGUUUUCUUUCUUUUCAUAUUUAUCGUUGUCAAUUUAAGGUCUCUCGGAGAAGUGCUUCCCUCAGUUGUGUCCAGUGUUACAAACAGAAGGGGACGGAAGGAAUUGUAUUUAACAAAUAGUACUGACCAAAAAUGAAUGUUCCUGCCGACUCCCCUUAUAAAAAGAUGUCUUCGACAAGAGGUAAAGGUGAAUCAUCAGGCUGGACUGCCUUUGACCUCAAGCAGCAGCAGAAACUGGGUCUGGUACCAGAAACUGAAAAUGACCCUUUCCCUCCUAUGCCAAAUAAUCUGUUGGCUCUCCAUCCCUGCACAAACCUCACAAAAAGUAUUGAUCCUUUAGAAAGGUCUUUCUCAUCUGUGCUUAAGUCCUCUGGCAAUUUUCCCACUUUGAAGCAGAAUAAGGAUUCCAUAAUGCCAAUAAACAUGGGCAAGCCUAUUGAAAAUGAUGUAGAUAAGGUAGUUGAGGGAAAAAAUAAUGAUUUAGCUCUUAAAAAGCUUAAAGAGUUGCAUUGCUGGGCUGAGAAUAGUUUGAUUGAGGAUGUCUUGUUUGCUACCCAUAAUAAUAUUCAUGAGGCCUCAACUUUGUUGAAAGGAAUGGUGCCCAUGAGUUGCAUUGAGGAUAUCAAGGAAAUAAAAACUAAUGAGAUGAGUUCCACCAUUGCUGAUUUUCCGGGCAAUGCCAACUGUGACACAGGUUUUCUGUCAGCAAAGGUUGCAGAGCUUGUUAGCCAGAGCUGUAAAUCUGAUGAAAGGGAAGAAAAUCUUAAAAUGUUGACAGAUGUGCGUGAGAAUAGACUCUUCGAUGAUCCUUCUAAUAUGAAGCUGAUUCUUGGGCAUUUGACAUCUAUACCUUUUGAGCCUGAAUGGGAAGAAGAUGAUGUAUACCUGAGCCAUAGGAAGGAUGCUAUACGGAUAAUGAGGUCAGCAUCUCAACAUUAUAGGGCAGCCUCUAAUGCAUUUUUGAGAGGUGACCACUUUGCUGCACAGCAGCACUCUCAUAAUGCUCGAGAAGAAUGGUUAGCUGCUCAGAGACUUAAUGCUAAGGCAGCUAGAGAAAUUUUAAGUAUCAGAAAUAGCGACAAUGACCUGUGGAAGUUGGACUUACAUGGUCUUCAUGCAGCAGAAGCUGUCCAAGCCUUGCAUGAACAUCUGAAACUUCUUGAGAUGCAGGUACCAGCCGGCCGUUCAGUUUCUCUAAACAGAUUUAAGGCAAAUAAUGGGAUUGUAUGUUCUUCAUCUGUUGAGACAGUUAGUUCUAUGGAUAAACUGGAUAAUCAACGGACAUCAUCUAGGAGACCUACAUCAUUACAAGUCAUAACAGGCGUAGGAAAUCAUAGUCGUGGACAAGCUGCGCUCCCCACAGCUGUGAGACGCUUCCUCAUUGAAAAUGGAUAUCGCUUUGAUGAGGCGAGGCCAGGACUGAUUACUGUUCGACCCAAAUUCCGGCGUGGUUGAAGGUUAGAUAAACUAUUGUUUCAGGACUUAUUAAAAAAGAUUCUGUGAAAAUUUGGGUGUCAGUGUAUAACUGUAAUUCAAAGCUUAACUUUUCUAUUUAUAACAUUUUAAAAAGUAGUUUUACUUGAACCAAA